CACAGCUCCCACCGUCCUCAGAAAGCACCUCAAUCUCCACCCCGCCAUCCGUUCUUCUGCCCCGGUUGCAACCCGAAAUUCACUCUCUACCGCCUCCUUCUCAGUCUGGUAACCGAAAAUGGCCGACCGAUACUCCUUCUCGCUCACGACAUUCUCGCCCAGUGGAAAGCUGGUGCAGAUAGAAUACGCCCUGAACGCAGUCAACCAAGGUGUCACCGCGCUAGGAAUUAAGGCUACCAAUGGCAUCGUCCUCGCAACGGAGAAGAAGUCAUCGUCACUGCUCAUCGAUUCGGGUUCUUCGUCGAAAGUCAGCCUCAUAACCCCAAACAUCGGCAUGGUCUACUCGGGAAUGGGCCCGGAUUACCGGGUGCUAGUUGACAAGGCCCGCAAGGUGUCGCAUACCGGCUAUAAGCGCAUCUACAACGAGUACCCGCCUACGAGGAUACUGGUGCAGGAUGUCGCGAGAGUCAUGCAGGAAGCCACACAGUCGGGUGGUGUCCGGCCUUACGGUGUCAGUCUGCUGAUCGCCGGAUGGGAUGAUGGGAUCGAGCCGGAGGCAGAGACCAAGCAGACCGAAGAGGACACAGAUCUGGAGAAGAAGAAAGUGAGCGGAAAGACGGGCGGUAUCUUGAAGGGAGGACCAAGCCUGUACCAGGUCGAUCCUAGCGGCAGCUAUUUCCCAUGGAAGGCUACCGCGAUCGGCAAGAGUGCGACGAGCGCGAAGACUUUCCUCGAGAAGAGAUACACAGAGGGUCUGGAGCUGGAGGAUGCGAUCCACAUUGCUCUCCUCACUUUGAAGGAGACGAUAGAAGGCGAGAUGAACGGCAACACUGUGGAGAUUGGCAUCGUCGGUCCGCCAGAAGACCGAUUACUGGGGUAUGAGGGCGUAGAGGGCGCCAAGGGCCCGCGCUUCCGCACACUGAGCCCGCAGGAGGUGGAGGAUUACUUGACAAAUCUGUAGUGUGCAGGAGGAAGGCGUAUCGGUGGUGAGCCAUGCUGGAUGCUUCAUGUAAUGAUAGAUAGGCUUGCGGCGUUCACGAAGGCUACUCCGGCGGGUUGACG